AUUCGAUGAGAUUACCGCCGGCGACAAUUGAUCCAAGUCCGGUCGAUUCGACACUUCUUUGGGGACAUGGCCAACAUCGUAUGGACUCUGUUUGGACAAACGAGGCUGGUGAUCGAUCUUUCCAUGUUCGAGGUACGACCAUUUUAGUACCUUACCGUGAGCUUUAUCGGCCAUAUCUCGAAGCGGCAGGCUUGUUAAGUGUCGUGCCCCUAGUCCCUAUGAACCCCGAUGCGAGUUUGAUUACUGCACUCGUAGAGAGGUGGCGACCCGAGACGUCGACCUUCCAUCUACCGUGUGGUGAGGUCACGAUCACAUUAGAGGACGUUGUUACACUGUCCGGUUUGGCGAUCGACGGUGAUGCCGUCGUAGUUGAUAUACCGGAUGAGGAGUGGUCGGCGAUCUGUUUGCGACUGUUAGGACGGGUUCCUUAUGAUCUUGUAGGCGGGGUCGCUGUUGUUAGGAUUACAUGGCUGAGGGUUGAAUUCAGCCAUCUGCCGGAUGAUGCAUCACAGGAGGUUAUAGAGCAGUUUGCACGAGCUUAUGCUCUAUCUCUGAUUGGAGGUGUACUUUUCCCGGAUCGGUCUGGAUCUACGGUGCACCUACAGUACCUACUUCUGAUUGAGGAUUGGGAGAGGGCUGGAGGGUUCGCCUGGGGAGCUGCUGUUUUAUCCUACCUGUACCGUGAGAUGGGUAGGUCGACUUUGCACAUUUCGCAUACCGGCACUUCUCUAGCCGGUGACCUUGGUGGAUGGGUCGCCCUACUGCAGUUCUGGGUGUGGGAGCGAUUCCCACAUCUGGCACCUCGAGAUUCAGAGACGAGGGCACCGGCCACCGAGGAUGCACAUCCACGUGGUCUUCGAUGGCUUUCGGCCAGCAGUCGUCAGUAUGGUGACCAGCUAUUCCAGUACAAGCUGUGGUUUGACGUGAUGGACACCGUGGUGUGGCAACCUUACCGUGAGAGAGCACUUCAUCUCAGAGGUAGUGUGAUACAGUCUGAUACAUUUCGAGCAGUAGUGCCACUUAUCUGCUUUUCAUCGGUGAUGUGGCAUCAUCCAGACCGCGUGCUCCGGCAGUUUGGCAUGAGGCAGCAUGAGCCUCAUCAGCCACAUCCUGAGGCUGAGGUUAGGUUUUUCCUUCGCCAGGCUACUCGUGGGUCAUCGCGUGGGCAGCAGUUGGUACACGCCUCCAGAGAGUCGCUUGAUUUCUGGAACCGUCGACACGAGUCGGCUCACAGAUUGGCCACAUGCAGACGCCGGUGCUGGGACAGCCACAGUUUUACUCGUUUCCUGAACAUCGUCUCCUCCAAAACGUGA